AAACACCAAUAACAUAAAAUCGAGAAAUUGUCAUUUUGUUAUUUUGACGUAUUAAUCCACUCAUUUAGAUUUUCACUUUCACCUCUUUCUCUCUCUUCAUCCAAGCGCAAGGGUUUUCAAAUUUCUAGGGCACCAAUAAUGGAUGCGAAGAUCGGUAAAUUCUUUGAAUCCAUCGGAAAUUUCUUCGCCGCCGGUGAUCAAAUUCCUUGGUGCGAUCCUGAAACUAUUUCUGGACUUGAGAAGGAGGUAUCAGAGGCUGCUAAUGCUAGUCAAGAACAGAGAAGUGAAUGUAUUAUGAGGCUGUCAUGGGCCCUUGUCCAUUCAAGGCGUCCCGAGGAUGUGCAGCGAGGGAUAGCUAUGGUUGAAGCUUCACUUGACAAUACUGGCAGUGGUCCACUUGAAAGGAGAGAGAAAAUGUAUCUGCUUGCUGUGGGGUACUACAGAAGUGGUGAUUUUGCAAGAAGCAGGCAACUCGUGGAACAAUGCUUGGAGAUUGCACCUGACUGGAGGCAAGCAUUAACCCUGAAGAAGCAUGUGGAAGAUCGAAUUGCUAGAGAUGGUGUCAUUGGGAUAGGCAUCACAGCUACUGCAGUGGGACUUCUUGUUGGAGGAAUUGCUGCAGCUGUGGCUCGUAAGAAGUGAGAUAAUCUGAAUUUUGUUCAAGUCAAGUGAUGACUGAUGACUGCAGGAAUCAUAUCUCGACUAUAUACAGUUUGUGCAUGGAUGGACUUGAUAAAUAAUCUUUCAACGUAAUUAGGAGUUUUCCCUUUAUACAUGGAUGUAUUGCCAUCAGGCAGUUUUGAUUUUACUUGGCAAACCAAAUGUUAUUAUACAGUUGUAUUACUCCCUCCGUCCCAUAAUAUAGUGUGUUUGACCAAAA